AUGCGUAUCCUACAACACAACUGCCGCAAGACCUAUGCAAUUACGAUUGCGGCACUCGAGGCCGGGCUACAGCUAGGGGCGGGCCUAUGCUGGCAGGGGAACAUCGAGGAACGCAGGAGAGCGAUAGAGGAUGUGCAUUGGGACAGUGUUCUGGAGGGUAGAUGUUUACUCCUCGGCGACUUUAACGCACAUAGUCCGCUAUGGAACCCGCAAGCGAACCGUCGUACGAACGCGGUGCCACUGGAGAGCCUGAUCGAGAGCGAAAGUCUCUAUAUCAACAACAAGCUGGGGAUCCCAACGCGGCCAAAGACGACGCCGGGAAUCUCAAUCAUCGACCUCAGCUUAACAACAGUGGAUAUGGGCCCCUUGCUGGCGUGGACGGUGGAUGGGGACCACGCAACCGGGUCAGACCACGAGCUGCUGGUGAUGAAAUGGGUGCCAAUAGAGAACGGAUGGGAACCCCCAUCGAGCGAGGUGACGGGGUGGCAGAUCCAGGCUCUCCAGGCAGACAGCCAAACUCUGGAGAACGCGAAACAGAUGUGGCAAGCAAACGCCGAACAGAGAGGGCUCCUGGAUGACGCAUGUUCGGUGGCGGAGGUCGAGGGAGAGGCAGUAUGGGUACAGGAAAAGCUCACGGCAGUGCUCGACCAGUAUGCGAAGCCAGUGCGAGUGACCCCGCGGUCCAAACGCUGGUGGAAUCGAGACGUCAAGGGGGCUCGCGGGGCCUACUGCCAGGCGAGAAGAGCGUGGCAGGGGCAGCACAUCACCACGACUGACCUUCGAGAAGCACGGAACGACUACUAUCGGACUAUUCGAAAGGCGAAACGAACGUGUUGGGAAACAUUUCUAGCAGGGCCGACGGACAUCCCAGAUCACUCGCGCGAGGAAACAGCCCGGUGCUGGGUAGAGCUUAGGCUCACCAAGCCCAAAACAACAGCCGUUACGCCCACACUCAAAGGGCCGCAAGGAGAGAUAGCCGUGUCCAUCAGCGAGAGAGGCACUGGUCCGAAAAGUCGCCUUCCCACCAGCGCCAGGCUAAACUUCCGGGCCCUUCGACUCGUGUGGGAAUGGGAUAGUCCACGGAUCGUAGCGCUGGCCCGGCAGUACUUCCGGCUAGGCAUUCACCCACAAGCAUGGAAAACCGCCAAGGGAGUCUUGCUGAGAAAACUUGACAAGCCGGACCAUACGCUCGUCAAGGCGUAUCGGGUCAUCAGCCUACUAAACUGCCUCGGAAAGGUGGUGGAAAAGAUCGCGGCAGAGGCUAUUGCAGACCACUGUGAGGCAACGGGAAGUCUUCACCCCGGACAGAUGGGUGGCCGCAAACAACACAGCGCGGUGGAUGCCGUGGCGUGCCUGAUCCAGAGCACCCACGACGCAUGGAAACAAAAGCAGCUCAUGGCAGCUCUUUUCAUGGAUGUGGCGGGCGCGUUUGACCAUGUCAACGACCGAAGGCUCGUGAUUCGCAUGCUAGAGCUUGGUUUCGACGGUGAUUUGAUCCGAUGGGUACAGUCGUUCCUGAGCGACCGACUUGUCCAACUCGUCAUCGACAACACACAGUGCGCAGCUCACACGAUCAACUCGGAUGUGCCUCAGGGAUCCCCGGUGUCUCCAAUCCUGUUCCUUAUCUACCUGACUGGGAUGUUUGACGUAAUUGAAAGAGCCGUCCCGGGCGUGCGGCUGCUAUCGUUUGCAGACGAUGUGGGCUUUCUAGCGCCGGGUUACUCGGUCCAGGAAGCAUGUCAGAAAUUACAGGAAGCAGCCCGGGUCGCUAUCGACUGGGGUGAGAGCAACCUCGUUCAGUUCGAGGCAAAGAAAACAGAGGCGGUCCUAUUCACCCGCAAGCGUGGACAAAAACUUCGAAGUCAAAUUCAGCGGGCCCGCAUCAUAGUAGGAAGCCAUUCAGUCUCAUUUAAUCCCGAGGCCACAAGGUGGCUCGGGAUCUGGCUAGACACCGGCCUCACGCUGAAGGUGCAUUACCAAACACGCCUCCGCAAGGCCCGGAAUGCAGAAUCUCGAGUGCGAUCCUUGUGCCGCAUCCAAGGCCUGGCGCCAGGUCUGGUCCAUCGGAUCCAGGUGGCCGCGGUACAGUCAGUGGCCUUGUAUGGAGCGGAACUCUGGUGGCGCGGUCAAAAGGACCGGCUCACGGGGAUGCAGCGGAUGAUGAACCGACAAGCCCGUGCGAUUACGGGGAUGCUAAAGACCACCCCAAUGGGUCUCUUGAAUAGGGAAGCGGGCCUGACUCCGGCCGUGGUCCUCUUGGAAGGCCGUCAGCUGCGGUACACAACUCGGCUUCUUGGCCUACCGGACGACAGUCCAGCAAGAUCAACCCUUCCGGUCAGCUUUCGGGAGGGCGACCAACAUGCGCAACCCGGGGAGCAUACCCCUGGAAACCGACUCUGGGCUGAACCGCACGGCCGGGGACCAUGGUCAUUAGGACAGCACCUAGCUCGACAACUAGCCAACAUCCUACCAGCCGAUCCCUCUGCGGGCUUUGAAGGCGCUCGGCGCGGCGAUAGCAGCGGAUUUCCAGGGCGGAUCGUCGCCCAAAGGACCGAGGACGCUCUCACUGCGGCGCGGACAAUGCAACCAGGCCACGCGAUCUGGUCAGAUGGGUCAAGACUCGAAAAUGGCCGAAGCGGAGCCGGGAUCGCCUGGCAGGAGACUUCCGAAGAGUGGAGGACCCGGAGCUUCCCCCUUGGAAAGGGACAAGAUGUCUUUGAUGCAGAGCUUGUAGGAGCCGUGCAGGCCCUCCAGGCCGCACUGAGAAUGGAUGGCAGUGGCCCGAUCACAGUUCUACUAGAUUCCCAAGCCGCGAUUGCAAGGCUGCGACACACGCAAGCAGGCCCCGGUCAGGGACUGACACUUCGAGCUCAUGCAGUAGCCAGGGCUCUACAGGAGCGAGGCCGAGAACCCAUCAUUCAAUGGGUGCCUGGCCAUUGUGGUGUGGAAUGGAAUGAAAAAGCUGAUGAGGCGGCAAAGCUCGCGGCCAGUCGACCGGGGUGCCAUCCAGAAGGAGUCGCAGGACUCUCACUGGCGUUUGUCAACCGGACCUGCACGGAGAACAUCCGAGAUCGCAAACACGUCUGGCUUGCCCAGACACUAGCAAAACGCUCUUGCAACAGGCAGCGAGCCCACCGACCCGAUCGAGGCUGGACAAUGGACCCAAUCGCAUCGCGAGCCGUGAAACCACUGGCCACCCGUUUCUUCCAGUUGAAGAGUGGACAUGCAGCCAUCGGAGCUCACCUCAACCGGAUUCAUGCUCGGGAAAGCCCCGCAUGCGACAAAGGUGAUGCACCGACAGAGACCGUGCAUCACGCUCUCUUCGAGUGUCGGGCAUGGCAGCACCAGCGGGUCCAGCUCUACCGAGCGCUGGAUCGAGCUGGGGUGGCCAGACCGUCCGCGGCGGAAGAAUGCCCAGAAGGCAGACUGUUGGGGGAGCCGAAGGCAACAGCGGCUAUCUUGCAAUUUCUGUCGACAACGAAGGUAGCCCUGCCCCGGUACCAUCACCAGGCCUUGGCAGAGAGAGCUCGACGAGAUGAUGAACGGGGAUUAGAGGACUUGGAGGCCGAGAGGACGGGGGAAGGAUAG